CUAGACUAAAAGAAAAUACAAAGAAAGAAAAAUGUUUGGAUUGUCUGCUGACGACACAGUAACAUCUCGAUUACGUUACUGGAGUGUGACGUCGCCAGAGACGCUGGCGUUUGCCUACGUCACUCCUGACGGCCAGCGGUUUGCUUACACAAGGAAGGAGCUGUUCUCUAUGUCACGCAGAGCAGCCAGUUGGCUUUCCAAGCGAAACGUGUGCAAAAGUGACGUCGUUCUUUGCCUCGUUCCGACAUCGCCUGAGCAAACGUUCAUCGCACUGGGGACGGCGUUGCUAGGGGCGACAGUGAUGUGUACAAACAUGCAGUACAGAGACGGAUCCGACAUUUCGCCCUUGAUGAAAACUGGUGACGUCACGGCCGUGGUUGUCGACGAGACAGACCAACAAGCCAUCGUCGCCCUACAGACCUUCAUCCCCAACUUGUCUGCUCCAUCGGUCAUCAGCGAAGCCGUUCCAUCGUUAAAAUCUGUUAUCUUCUGUAAUCGCUUCUCGCAGUUGUCCUUCUUGGUAGCUGUAGCCGCUGAGGAAGAAGGAGACCUUGCUGACGUCAGUCCUGAUGAUGUCACGACGAUUUUCGCGACCUCUGGUAGCUCAGGGCAACCGAAGCUAGUGGCCAGAACCCACAGCCAGGUCAUGACCAUGGGGCUAAAUUAUUACCAAUGUAACCUCCAGACACAUUCAAGUCUUAAGAUGGACGUACACUACAAUCCCAGCUCAUUUGGCUGGGUGUCUGGCUAUCCUUUUCUGUAUCUAACGACAGGGCAGACGAGGGUAGUUCCUUACAUCAACGGAGCUCCGCCAGACGAUGAAGCCAAGUUCACGAUGGACUUAAUGAAGAGAGAGGGCGUUGUUAGCGCGUUUCAGUUACCGCAAGCAAUGAAAACGUUACUGGCACGCGCUGACCUCUUGCACUGUGACGUCACGUGGUGUUUGGACUUGAUCGUAACUGGAGGCAUUGCAAUCAGGACCGAUAUUGCCCUUGUCAUAGGAACUUUGACUACCAGGCUUGUAGUCCUUUAUGGAAGCACUGAAGUAGGGAUCGUGACAUACAAAACCUACGACGAUCCCUUAAAGGUCGUCAACUUUAACUGCGGGAAGCCUGUAGACGGAAUAGCAGUGAAAAUUGUCGACGACAAUCUGAGAGAAGUUCCCCCCAACUCCAAAGGGGAGAUAAUGAUCAAGCACAACGGUCUUUUCCCCGGGUACCUCAAGCACACAGGUCUCACAGCAGACGCCACACCUGAAGACGGGUGGUUCCUACCCCGAGACCUUGCUUACAUCAACAACGAAGGUGACCUCUUCGUUGAGGGGAGACAAUCGGAGGUCAUCGCUAUAGGCAGCUGGAUGAUGUACCCACAGCUGCUGGAGUCCCACCUUAUGAAGUGUCCGGGAGUGCAUGACGUGGCUGUGGUGGCUAUCCCUGACAAGGACUUCGAGAACCUUCCGUGUGUGUGCGUCGUGCAGGAUCCCAGACCGGAAGCCCCGCUCGUAUUGCCUGAAGACCUCCUUCGCGCAUGCGCCGAGUAUUUCCAGGACAGUUUUCGCCAGGUGAACAAGCAGCGAGAUGUAGCUGUUCCCCCAGUGUGUCUGGUGUUUGACAAGUUUCCUCUCAAUCCCAAUGGAAAGGUGCAGCGGCGAGCAUUGCGAGCUCUGGCUGUGGAGAGACUGGGACUGAAUGACAACUGACUAACCCUUCUAUCACUAACUGUAUUUGUCAUAUUUCCUGAAAAAAUAGACUCUGAGAUACAUUAGAGACUCACUUAAACUCUUAAUAAUUGACUACUUUAUUUUUUGUUGACAAUAAAUUAAUUAAACAUUGUUUUAACAAGAAAGACAAAAAAAGAGAAGAAUUGGAAAUAGAUCAUCAUCCGAAACUUUUUAGGACAGUUUAGGACGAGGGACAAUGUACGAGGGAGUUCUACAGCUACGACCAUCCACCAAU